GCCUUUGCAGCCUGCCAAAGUACCCACUCCACAUUAAACGGAGUAAAACUAGUUUGCCAUACAUAGGUGUAUCUGGGUGUCUCUUAAAGGAACGCAAGACCAAUUUUCAAGCAUGCCCUUUUUCUUGGAGUGACGGAAAGCAGAAUAUCUGAAGGACCUAUACAUGCAACAGUUCACCCGGGUCUGGAAAUGUCAGAUGCAUUUCAAAGUCGUCCUUCCUGUUCUGGUGUUUAUCGAGCAAGAAUGAUGGUGAACUUGACGGACCAAGCAAAGACAUACAUUGAAGGGAAGAACUCCAGUGGCCUAGUUGAUGCAUGGGCACUCGCUCCCGACUCCUUUUACAAGUUGUCUAAUGGCUCUACUAAAAGAAAGUCCCCAGUCAACGUUACAGUGAAGAAGCUGAAAUGUGUGCCUCACACGGACGGAGAUCAAUUUCUUGAAUACGAUAAGGACUGCCAGGAACAGCUGGACCUAUUUAUGUCGCGAGGCAUACAGACUCCCUUUAACAUAUCCACUAAAAUUAGAUUUCCUUUAAUUGGACAAUCGGUGCCUUCUAAAGAAGUUCACCUUAACCUAAACAACAAGGCAUACAUCUAUAAUACAUUUGAGAAAAAGCCAGGCGCACCCAAUGUGACGACAUGCAAAUUUACUGUCGAGGUGAUCUUCCGCGGAUUUUUUCUAUACCAUACCACGAACCACCAGAAGCACCCUGAAAAAGAUUAUCAUUUUUUGCCGGUCUCAGUCCUCAAUGACAGCAGCAAGCAUCUGAUUGCAAAACGCAAGAAACUUGCUUAUAAUAUAACAGGAGACGUUGUGCAGACAAUGUGUCUUCAGCGCUAGUACG